GAGGUGGCCUCCGCCUGCGUUUUCCUUCUUCCGGUCAAUAAAGAGUUGUAAAAAAAUAAGAGAGAUUCCAAGGAAAAACGCAGCAACAACGAAGCACUACACCGAGGGAAGGAGAGAGAUAGAGAGGAGUCGGCGGUUGAAGGUUUCAUCCCGCAGCCGAAACCCUAAUUGAGCCUUCUCUCUUCUUCUUCUACUUCUGUUUCGGUUCUGCAGCAGCCACCACAAGUGCCUGGGAUUCAUGUGAUGGUGCUGUGUUUCCCGUCUUUCUCGAUUUGGGUGGUGUUUCGUGGUUGAUUUCGAUUCUUCCCUCGGUCGCGUUGUCGGAUUGCUUCGUUGAUUUUGAGUGGAUCAGUUGCUGUUUCGGGAGUGUGUUUUGUUGUGCUCGCCAUCAUCAUCGAUGGUUUAGCUAUUGGAUUGGUUGCUGCUGGGGAUUCUUUUGCGCGUGGCAGUUCUAGGGAGGAGGUUGUGGAAGAUGGAUUUGGUGAAUAGCUGCAAGGACCUAGUUGAUCGCAUAUUGAAUGUCCUGCACGAUGCACAAGGUUCCAAGGCGUGGCCAAAGAGGGGUGUUCUUGGAAGGGACGAAGCAGCAAAACUUGUUGAUGACAUUUACAGUGUGAGGAUCCCAGAUGCCAGCUUUUGGAUUGCAAUGGCUCAUCCACUAUCUUCUGUGAAGCUGGCCAUUACAAAUAUCCCAACUGAUGGGUUUCUUGAUACGACUUGUAAUUUGUUUGGGUACACAGGUGUACCUGUUCGUGCGAUUAAUAGACCUGGCUCGCAACUGCUCGGGGCAAAUGGCCGUGAUGAUGGUCCAAUUAUCACACCAUGUACGAAGGAUGGGAUCAAUAAAUAUCGUUCUGGAUUUGAUGCCCGGGUUUUCUGCUUGGGGGUAAGGAUAGUGAAGCGGCGUACACUUCAGAGUCUGAUGGUGAACAAUUUGAAGACGCACUUUCUCGUGUUUGCCGUUGUGUUGGUGUGGACUCCAACUGAUGGUGCUGACAGUGACAGCGAUCUCGAAGUUGUUGCAGACUCCAUUACUGUCAAUCUUCGUUGUCCUAUGAGGCACUGUGGCGAGGAUGUAACAGAGAUUGAGCAUACCAAAUGGGGAGGUUCAGUCAAAGGUGGUGGAAACAGGGAAGCAAGUCAAGCAGGAAGGAACAACAGAUUGCAGCCGGAUAACUUUCAGCAGAAAGUUAUUCCCAUGACUAGCAGCGGUACUGGCAGUGGUGAGGAUCCAAGUGUGAAUCAGGAUGCUAUUUCUGCUCCAGUGGCAGCGGAUGCUGCAGAGAUCAUUGUUCUUAGUGAUACAGAUAUGAAAAAUGAUAUACUGGUGUCUUCUGGCGCUGGCUUCAACAACAACCAGAAUGAUGUUGGUGCGGGCUGGAUUGCCCCUCGGCCACCACCCCAGGGUGGCCCAGGGUUCCAGUUAUUUAGUUCAGAUGUCUCAGAUCCCUUGGUUGAUUUGCAUCAUGGUCCCACAUCAAUCAAUGGAUACAGUUUGGUCCUGAUACUGGCGUGGGACAUGUCAAUUUGGUCCCACCAGAUACUUCAGUGGGUAGAUCUGACGGGAAUGGUGGGUUGGUUGAUAAUCCAUUGGCUUUCGAGGAAGAUCCUUCUCUACAACUGUUUCUUUCCAACCAGGCCAUUAGAUUCGUCAAUGCAUUCCAAUAGAGAGAUCAUCAUCAGGUCGAUGCAUCGUCGAAUAAUGGUGGGCUUCGAUCUGAGGAUUGGAUCUCUCUUAGGCUGGGAGGUGGUGCUGCCUGCUGCUGGCGGUGGUCAUGGUGAAUCUGUACCACUUGCAAAUGGCAGCUUAACUUCAAGACAUGCGAUGCCUACUAAUAGAGAUGGUGCUAUGGGUUCUUUGACCGACACUGCCUCAUUACUUCUUGGGAAAUGACGUGGCUCAUCUGAAAGGCAAGUCGCCCGAGAACUGAAAGCCCUUUCUCGUUCCCUAGACAAAAGCGCUCUGUGAGACAGCGUUUGUAUCUUUCCAUUGAUACGGACUCUGAAUAGACAACCUGCGGGCAAUUGAUACCAUUAUUUUAUCAAUUUUUGGGGGACAGAAGCCGUACUCUGAAUUCUGGAGUGUUUCAAGUUUGGCGGCUGUGAAGUCUCCUUCCAUCCAUCACUCAGAACCAAGAAAACCCUCCCUGAUGAAAUGUGAAGAAGUCUCAAAUGUCUUGAGAUAAUUGGCUUUCAAGCAAAUGAUAAAGAGGGAAAAAGUCUACAGGAGUGCGACUCUUUUUUGACUGGCACAGGACCUGGUCCAUUUCGGCUAGUGUUUUAUCGUCUCUUUGGUGUUAGUAUAGCCCGAGUAGCUGGGGAAAAUGUACAGUAGGGGGAGGAUACUUAGGUAGCAAGGUCCAAGAAAGGAAGCAGCUGAUUGAAUUGUGUGGUAAGUCCCGUAAGGUUGUUUUGAACCUUUGGGAUGGUUAAAUGGGAAAUACACAGCAACCAACCUUUUCGGUGAUGUUUCGUUCUUGUGUCCAUCUAACGACCCAGAAAUUGAGCUGAAACUAAGUUAGCGUGUAAAUGUUAUUCCUGCUACAUUCGGUUAUGAUAAAUUGAAAGAAUUUUACCACGGAUCACUGCAAACUGUUACUUCAGUGCCUGUAAUCGUCUCUUUGGUUUGGUGUAU